AUGACGGUCAAAGACAGUGGAUCCGGUGAGCCCAUUGCAAUUGUUGGAAUUGGGUGCCACAUGCCGGGAGGUGUUCGGGAUAUUCCAGCCCUGUGGGAGUUCCUCAGAGAGCAAAAAGAUGUGCACCGUGAAUUUGAGGAACCACGAUUCCCCGCCAAAGGUUUUUAUCAUCCAAACCGCGAGCGGCCAGGUACUGCCGUCGCCAGUGGUGGCUUCGUCCUCGAUGAGGAUCCACGUCUGUUUGACCCGGCGUUCUUUGGGAUCACAGACCUCGAGGCAGAGACCAUGGACGCCUCGCAACGCAAACUUCUCGAGGUCACGUACGAGGCUUUUGAAAACGCUGGAGACACCUGGGAGACUGUGUCCGGUUCCCGCAUGGGAGUCUUCGUAGGUGACCUUAACCUGGACAAUUACGUAUCUCAGACGCGCGACUGGGAUUACGGAGGCAAAUACUCGGCCACCGGUGCCUUUCCGAACAUGCUGGCCAACAGGAUUCACUACGUCUUCAACCUUAAGGGUCCAAGCCUCCUAGUGAAUAGCGCAUGCACUUCUGCGAUGUAUGCUCUGCACUUGGCAGUUACGGCGAUUAGAAACGGUGAUUGUGACUCGGCUAUUGUCGCAGGGUGCAACUGGAUCAUGGACCCCAAUAUUCACCUCUCAAUGAGUAAACUAGGGGCCUUGUCCGCAAGUUCUCGGAGUCAUGCCUUUGAUGCUUCUGCUGACGGCUACGCUCGUGGUGAGGGCUUCGCAGCUCUGUAUCUGAAGCCGGUUUCCCGUGCAGUCCUAGACAAGUCUCCUGUCCGCGGCGUCAUCAUGGGUACCGCCGUCAAUGCCAAUGGCCGUACCAACGGAGUUACCAACCCAAGCGGCCCCGCGCAGGAAAUUGUCAUACGGGCAGCGUACAAGAAUGCAGGUGAUCUAGACCCUUCAGAAACAAUGCUUCUCGAAUGCCAUGGGACCGGCACGCGCGUGGGUGAUCCAACUGAGGUGAAGGCUGCGGGCAAUGUCUUUGGGCCCGGAAGAUCUAGCAACUAUGCCGACCGCUUGAUGGUUGGAUCGGUCAAAACAAACGUUGGCCACUUGGAAGGUGCAUGUGCACUACCAGGUAUUCUCAAGGUUGUGGCGGCUCUCGAAAAUGGCGAGAUCCCUCCUACUCUUCACAUAAAGACGCCAAAUCCACUCAUCGAUUUCGACACAGCCAAGGCCCGGGUUGUAACUGAUGUUGAACCAUGGCCUCAAGCCAAAGUGAAACGCGCCAGUGUCACUUCCGCCGGGUUUGGUGGAACCAACGGCCACUGCGUUAUAGAUCAUGUGAACAAUGUUCUUCCCAACUAUAUCAAGCCCGGUGUCAUCAAAAAACACAUCAACGAGGCGAAAGGCACCAAUGGGACCAAUGGAGCCCACGGCGCCAACGGAAUCAACGGGACCAACGGGCUCAACGGGCUCAACGGGGUCAAUGGGGUCAACGGAACCAACGGAAGCAAUGGUCACGGCAUGAAUGGAAAUGUCUUCGCAGUUGAAACCCCGCACUAUUUCCCUGUAGUUGAUGAGCCGACCUUGAUCAGGAAGUCUGAUGCAGCCACUCGUCAGCUUGUGGUUCUUCCUUUCUCAGCACACAAUCCUGCUUCACUUAAAGCGAACCUGCAAGCACUGUCAAACGUAGUCCACCAGCAUUCGCUUGCUGACGUGGCCUACACCCUCUCCAAUAAGCGUUCACGCUUUACCCACCGAGCCUUUGCUAUUGUCGACAGAGACCAAGUAGCUCAAAAAGGUCUGAGCCUCAAUGAGGAGCCGCGGAUUUUUUCCUCACCUCAACAUGUCCGCACCGCAUUUGUAUUUACCGGACAGGGUGCUCAGUGGCAUGGAAUGGGAGCACAGCUUUUUGAGUACGCCGUUUUCCGCAAAUCAAUCUCAUAUCUGGACUACGUCCUCUCUCUCUUGCCAACACCUCCUGAAUGGAAGAUUGCGGAUAUUCUCUCUGGAUCUGAACUGUAUGACCACCGGUUUAUUCAGACACCUGCCGUCUCGCAGACUGUGUGUUCUGGACUGCAGAUUGGUCUUGUUGACCUUCUCGCUUCGUGGUCGGUUCGUCCUGCCGGCGUGGUGGGACACUCCUCUGGAGAAAUGGCCGCUGCGUAUGCAGCCGGCCGCCUGACUGCUGCUGAAGCGAUCACGGCUGCAUAUUACCGUGGUUAUGCUGUUUCUUCCAACACGGCGAAAGGAGCCAUGAUAGCGGUAGGGCUUGGCCAUAAAAAGGGGCAAGAGUAUAUUACAAGUGCUGGUUUGGAUGGCCAAGUCAAAGUUGCAGCGAUUAACUCCCCAGACAGCAUUACAAUGUCCGGGGAUGUUGAAGCUAUCGAGAAACUGGCCUCUAAGCUCACUACAGAAGGCAUAUUCAACAGAUUGCUGAAGACAGGUGGUCUUGCCUAUCACUCUCACCACAUGCUUGCAUUGGGUGACUAUUACGCUAAGCUGCUUGAUGAUGGGUUCAUGAGCCUGAAAGAGCUUAUAUCUACGGCUGGCAAAUACCACCAGAUUCCAUGGGUGUCAUCAGUCACGCCGAACAAAAAGAUGCCCGGAGAUCACGUGGCAGAGUCUUAUUGGAGGGCAAACUUGGAAUCCCCGGUAUGCUUUUCUGAGGCUGCGUCCAAGUUACUUGACACAGCGGACUUGAACAUCGGCUCAGUAAUAGAAAUUGGUCCGCAUACGGCGCUCAAGAACCCCCUGGGACAGAUCAUCAAGGCACUGAAUAAGAACAUUCCAUAUGUCGCAUCCGUAAAGAGGGGCGAAGAUGCUCACAGAUCGAUGGUUGAACUCGCGGGAACACUAUUUUCCAUCAACACCGAUGUGAAUCUAGCUGCGGUCAAUUCCGUUGAUGAGGAUGGUGCACUAGCACAUGGUUGCAUGGCCAUCGAUCUCCCUCCGUACAAGUAUACCUAUGGGCCUAUCAAUUACCUUGAGAGUCGACUGAGCAAAGAAUACCGUCUCCGCAAGGUCCCUCGCCACGAUCUUCUGGGUAGCAAGGUGGCCGGAACUACAAGACUUCGUCCGCAAUGGCGCAACUUUCUACGCAUAAAGGAUCUCCCUUGGCUUGAUGACCACCGCGUCCCACCACACGUCCUACACCCGGGAGCCGCGCAUGUUGUCAUGGCAAUGGUAGCUGCUGAGCAUUCUUAUUUAGAGUUUCCCGACGCUCUCCCUAUUGUAGGGUUUACCCUCCGCAACCUCUCGAUUAAAAAGACGCUCGUCGUUCCCCAGGACGAUUAUGGUGUCGAAAUUGUGAUGAGCAUGGAGCUUGACGACAGUGCAACAGCCAAGACGCCAGGUUGGUCGAGCUUCUCUGUUUCCUCUGUAGUUCGAGAUACAGAUCAAUGGACGGAGCAUUGCUCUGGUCUCGUGAAGGUCGAGGUUGCUUCUUUUGAGCUACCCACCCUAGUAGACUCGACCAACAUGGAUGGACGGGCCGUAAAUGCCCAAUCCUGGUACACACGUUUCUCUAACAUGGGGCUCCAUUUCGGUCCAUCGUUCCAAGGUUACUCGGACAUUCGUGCGGAUCCAGCGAUCAAUGUCGCAUCGGCGAAGUUGGCUUUGAAUACGACUGCAGGGCUAUUCCCUGGCGGCGAAUCGAGCUAUCCCAUCCAUCCAGCAUCAUUUGAUCUCCUCGUACGCCUUGGGCUCAUGGCCUGUAAUGGCGGCCAGGCUGAUACUCUCAGUGUGCAACUCCCUAUCCAUUUGGAUGAGAUGCGCUUCAAGCAUGGGUUCCUGGAUGGUCGUGACUGGGUAAGGGGCAUCUCCAGGGCAGAGAAACGUGGACUGCGCAGCGCCUACGGCGACCUACAGAUGAUGGACGAAAGCGGCAACGUAUUUCUAUCUGUACAAAACAUGAAGUUCACCAAUUUGAACAACGAUUUCGGCGACGCGGCUCUUUCCGCCAAGGCUUAUUCUAGCCCAUUCACUCGCCUUACUUGGAGGCCAGAUAUCCGUGCCAUGAGCAAGGGCCAACGCCUUGUGUUGUUACCUCCCACCCCAGAAGAGGUCACCAAGCCGUUCCCUCAACUAUCCAAGAUAUUUAGCCUCAUUGGCCACGCCAACCCUAAUAUACGUGUUCUGCAGCUCAAUAGUGGCAGUGACAUAGGGGCGUCUUCAGCGGUUCUGAAGACAUUAACAGGCCCUAAUGGGAUCAAAGCAUACCAAAAAUACGCCAUAACCGACCCUUCCCCUGUUGAAUUUACAUCCCUACGCGAGCUGACGUCCGAGUACCAAGAUAUAAACUAUUUUGCCCUAGACAUUCAGAAGGACCCGCUACAGCAGGGAGCGCAGCAAGGUGCAUACGACGUUAUUCUGUGGCCAAAUGCGGUAGAUGCCUCUGAGAGUAGUUACGAAGCUUUGGAACACUGCAAGGCGCUUCUUAAACCUGGUGGCACAUUAGUUCUAGUGGAUAUCAGCGGAGCAGAUUCGGAUGCCAAGUCAUGGAAUCCGGCGUUGGAACAAACCGGAUUCGAGGCCGGUACAGAGCUUGCAGAGACGUUCUCACUUGAUACGAACCACCAUGGCACUGUCAUACUCACUACCGCCAUUGAUAAGGACAAGGAGGUCAAUAAAGGCAGUCCAGUUGUACACCUCCUUCACGGUGCUAACGGCGCACCCACGCUUCUCGCCCACUUGGCUCAGGCCCUGGAGAAGCGCGGUCUCUCCACCAAAACAUUUCCACUUGACGAGGCGCGAGAGACAGUAGCUCCUAACUCUCGUGUGGUGGCAUUUCUUGAAGGAGAAAACCUCUUACUCGACGCCGAUCAGAACCGAAUCAGCCUAUUCCAACACCUCGCGGCGAACACUGCCACAAUGGUCUGGGUUACGUCGUGCGGCCUGCCUAAGGCCGUGAAUCCCGAUGGGGCAUUCAUCACUGGACUAUUGCGGACUCUGGGAACCGAGAAUCCCUCCGCUCAAUUCCUUUCUGUUGACCUAGAUGCCAAUAACUUUGAGGUCGGCGAUGACGAAGUUCAUGAACUGGUCCGCUGCAUCAUUGAUGAAGAGGCAGCACUGCAAGGGCUUGGGGACAGCGUUGAGUGUGAGGUGAACCGCGACUGUGCCUGGCAAAAUGGCUGCUUGUGGGUGAGUCGGGUCGUGCCCGAUGAGGCUCUACAAGAGUAUGCAGAGCCAACAUUUACGCCGAGCGACAAAGAUAUGGAGUUGAAGGUAAUGGACAGCCAAGGGCCCGUUCGUGCAGUAUUUGGGACACCGGGCAUUCUGGUGCGUACCCAUGACCCACAGGGAACGACUUUUCCCUGGCCCCUUUCACUGAGAGAGCAAUUGCUAACAGCCAGACAUGUAAAGACUUCACUGUAUUUCCGAACCUAUACAGAGCUCUGGCAACCUCUGCCAAAGGAUUGGAUCGAGAUUAAGGUAGAGGCAGUGGGCCUCAACUGGAAGGAUCUUGGUCUGUGUUCCGGCCGCUUUGAUCAGAAUAACCUCUCAAAUGAGUACGUUGGCAUCGUCACGCAGAAAGGUCCGAACGUAGCCCAUGUCGCCGUAGGCGAUCGAGUCUACGGAAUGGGUAAGGGCCACUUUGGAAACUAUACGCGUGUUCCGGCAAUCAUCGCGCAGAAGCUUGGCCCAGAAAUCGACCCAAUCGAGGCCGCUACCAUGCCUCUGGUCUAUAUGACGGCUGUCUAUGCCCUUGAACAUGUCACCCGAGUGAAGAGGGGCCAGAGGGUACUGAUCCAGUCCGGGUCUGGAGGUCUUGGUAUUGCCGCCAUCCAACUUGCGCGCUCCAAGGGUGCCGACGUCUUUGCUACUGUCGGCACUGCAGAUAAAGCCCGUUUCCUGGCCGAGGAAUUGGGUGUUCCUUCUAGCCGUAUCUUUUCAUCCCGCGAUAUUGCAGACCUGCCACGCAUGGUUACCGCCACGAAUAACAAUGGUUUCGAUGUAAUCCUCAGCACGUCUCAGGGUGACCUACUCUUCGAAUCUAUAAGAGCGCUGGCACCUAUGGGUACUCUCGUUGAUGUCGGCCGCUUGGAUGUUACAAAUUCUAAGACUAUAGCCCUAGAGCUCUUCCAAAAGAGCGCGGGAUUUGUGUCGUUCGAUCUUAGUAUCGUGGUGGACCGCAAUCCUGCGCUUGGUGGAGAGCUGAUGCGUGCGGUGGAUGAUUAUCGCCGUGCUGGACACAUCCAUCCUAUAAAGCCAUAUACAGUUAUGGACAUUUCUCAACUCGACCAAGCAUUGCUCCGGUUCUCCAAAGGCACGCACAUUGGGAAAAUGGUGAUAUCAUACCAGAGGCCCGAUUCUAUGGUCAAAGUGCAGCAAUCGGUGCCGGCUGCCAAAUUUGACCCUCAGUCACGCUAUGUGCUUGUGGGUGGUCUAACUGGGCUUGGUCGAGCCAUUGUUAGGUGGAUGAGUGACCGUGGCGCGCGAGACUUAAUGAUCUGGUCGAGAAGCGGUGCCAAAAACCUAAGUGCGGAGUCUAUUGCUUUGAUAGAUGGACUGGCCGCUAAAGGUGUACGCGUCCGACCGAUCUCCUGUGACGUGAGCAAUCGAGAACAGGUUCUCCAGGCUAUGAAGGAAGCGAACGACGGCCGCGAGGUACGCGGUGUCUUCAACUUUGCCGUUGCGUAUCACGAUAUCUCGUUUGAUAAGAUGACAGCAGAGCAAUUUCACGCGGGCAUGGCAGCCAAGGUCAUCGGAAACAAACACCUUCACGAAGCAACUGCGUCUUUGCCCCUCGAUUUCUUUGUUAUGAUCUCAACCUUCGGUACCUUCUUCGCUUUCCCUACGCAGAGCACUUACCUGGCGGCCAAUAACUACAUGGAUUACUUUGCACGGUACCGCCACCGGCUGGGGCUGCCGGCCACGACGGUGGCCAUUGGUCUGAUCAGCGACGUGGGACCGCUGACACAGGGCACCAUCACUUCCAAUCUGUUUGUGCGUGCCAAGGGUCAAACAGUCACGGCAGCGCAGCUCUUGAGACUAUUGGAGCCGGCCUUUGAGAGUAAGAGGGCCCGUGACAGGUCGCAAAAACACUGGCUUGGGUACUCUGAAGAUCCUCUGUCCGAAGCAAACAUCUUCACGUGUGUCGACCCUGCUGUCGGAGCCAAGAUAAAGCUGGAUGAGGUUCAGGCCAAAAAGGCGUCGGCCACCGACGUGCCUCGCUGGCACCGCGAUCCGCGGGUUUCAAUGAUGAUGCGUGCGACGGAUGAUGCAUAUCGCUACCAGAGCGGGGAGGGUGGUGCCAGGGGUGCCCAAGGGCACGAUGACGCGAGUGACAUGUCGCCAGCAGCACAGCUGCGGAGGCAGUUCGACCUUGCUACCAGCAAGAUCAGAUUGAAUGCCGCAGAUGGGGGGGAUAGCAAGGAGCUCCACACUGAACUCGUAGAGCUCGUGACACAGGGCAUCAAGGCGUCUGUGGCUGAGAUGCUGUUCCUGGACCCUUCGGCCGUCAACGCGGCGAGUGGAGUAGCAGAGCAGGGCAUUGACAGUUUGCUGGCUGCUGAGUUUCGGAAUUGGCUGACGGUGGCAUUUGCUAAGAACAUUAGCAUGCUCGACCUUAUGGAUGCGAGGAACACGAUCAACGCACUCGCACUCGACAUUGUUGACAAUGCAGUUGCUAGGUAG